UCGAGAAAAGCUGUCGAAAACUUUACUGCAACACUAAAUUCAAAAUUUCGCUUUGUUGAGUUUCAAAUAUAUUUUUACUCGUUACCACGCCUAAUUUUGCUUUCUGUUUACCGCAAGUUCUUGUCAACCUUUAUUGUCUAGAACUUAGCACACUCACUUAGUUACCAAACCCUUUUAUGUAUUGAUUUAAAGAGAAAGACGGAACACAUCUAGGUAGCCUGAAGACGAGUUUUUGCUACGAAUUUUUUCGACAGUGUUUUGUCUCGCAAUCAUACGCAAGGUAUCAGUGUUACGGUACAAUAAAUCCCGGAGUGUUAAUAGUGUUCGUUUCGAUGCGGGUCAAUGAAUAUUUGCACGCUCCGCUACAUCGAAAAUUAAGCUUGUUACUACUCGUUCGGGUUUCGCUGCGAGGGAAGUUGACAUUCUCGAGGUUGUUUUCGUGAAUACAUGAUGGACAAACUUCGGGGGAUGAAAACCCCACAAUUAGCAAGAGAGGCGCUUGCUGAGAUGAUGGGGACGCUGAUUCUUUGUACAUUUGGUGUAGGAAGUGUCGCUCAGUUUGUACUGGCAAAACAAGACUUCGGAGGCUAUUGGUCUGUAAAUUGGGGAUGGGGAUUAGGAGUAGCAUUUGGUAUUUAUUGGUCUGGAGGGAUAUCUGGUGGGCACAUUAACCCAGCAGUCAGCUUAGCAUUGGCAGUGUGCGGACGAUUUAAAUGGCAUAAACUGCCUAUCUACUGGAUCGCACAAAUGAUCGGUGCAAUUGUCGGAUCGGCAAUCGCUUUUGGAGUUUAUCACGAUUAUUUGGUGGAAUUCACUGGCAGUGCACGUUUGACCACGGGAAGUAAUGGUACGGCAGGAAUUUGGUCCACAUAUCCACCCGAGUUUGUUUCCAAUUGGUCAGGUUUUGCAGAUCAGAUGGUUGGGACUGCGCUCUUUGUUGGAACCAUCUUCGCCUUGUUGGAUCAAAGAAACAUCGGAGUAGGUGCUAACAUUGCACCAUUCUUGAUCGGGCUAAUCGUCUUAACAAUGGGAACAACGUUUGGUAUUAACGCUGGAUUUGGUUUAAAUCCUGCAAGAGAUCUGGGACCAAGAAUCUUCACCGCUAUUGCUGGAUGGGGUGGAACGCCCUUUAGUGCUCAUGAUAACUGGUGGGUUUUUGCAGUCAUGGGACAGUUACUGGGUGGUUGCGUUGGUGGGCUUGCUUAUGAAUUGACGAUCGCUAUCCACCAUACCGAAGAUGAGGAAGAGUGCGGCAGACCCCCGGAGAAGGACGAGCCAGGCGAGACAGAAGCAGGUUGCCAGCAUGCUUCACAAACCAACUCACCGAGAACAAAAUAAAUUACUGUAAGAAAUUCAACUUCAAUACCAUUCCUUUUUCUGUCUGAACAGUUAAUCUGAUAGUUAACUGGUCUGGUAUUAAGGUUGGAUUCAGUAGCUACUGCAAGAAAGUGAAUCAUGUAUUAUUUUGUGUUCCAUACUGGAAUAUUUACUAAGAACUAGUAUAUCUGUAUAUACCUUAGUUGAUUGCAACUUAAGUCCAUUUCCUACACAAGUUGUACUAAUUAGUUACACAUCAAUGAACUUCUUAUCAACCACUCAGCAUUCUUUAAUCACGUGAUU